AUGGCGAAAAACCAUCUGAGCCUCUCUCAAUUCCCUCAUUCAUCAUCAAUGGACCACUCUUCAUCUUCAACAUCCAUCAUCACUAGUAAUACACCCUUCUUAGAAACUCCAAAACAACCUUCUCUAAAACCUUAUAAAAAAACCAUAGUAACAACAUUAAUGGAAGCUGCAAACUUCACUUCCUCUUCCUUCAAAGAAGACACCUAUUUUGUUUCCAGCCUCAAAUCCUCAGAGAAGAAAGCAUUACGAGAGUUGAAGAAGAGGCUCUCAGCUUCAAAGGAAUUCAACAACAAUGCUUCCAUGUGGGGUGUUUCAUUGCUUAAUGCUAAUGAUGAUUCUUCUGCUGAUGUGGUGCUCUUGAAGUUUCUCAGAGCUAGAGAUUUCAGAGUCAGUGAUGCUUACACCAUGCUCGUGAGGUGUCUUGCAUGGAGAAAAGAGUUUGGUGCUGAGAAUAUUAUAGACGAGGAACUGGGAUUCAAGGAGCUUGAAGAUGUAGUUACUUACACUCAUGGUUAUGAUAGAAAAGGACACCCUGUAUGUUACAAUCAUUAUGUUGUGUUCAAAGAUAAGGAUUUGUAUGAGAUAAUUUUUGGUGAUGGAGAGAAGCUGAAGAGGUUCUUGAGAUGGAGGGUUCAAGUUCUUGAGAGAGGAAUCAAGCUUUUACAUUUUAAGCCUGGUGGAGUUAACUCUUUGAUUCAAGUUACUGAUCUUAAGGAUAUGCCUAGGAAAGAGCUUAGGACUAUGUCCAAUGAAAUUCUCACAUUGUUUAAAGAUAAUUGUUGUACCCCAAAAUUUGCCCUCCCAUUUCCUCAACAUUUUCUCAUCACAAGACCUUUGAAGAUCAAGAUCCAGUUAGGGUUUCCUCUGCUCAAGACUUCUCCUUGCACUGUGGACUCAAAUUAG